AUGGCCUCGGCACGGACUUUCAAGUAUGAGCGCCUCCGCAGUGACAUUUCUAUUCGCCUCAUUCAGCUGUAUCCGGAAAACGCGAUGAGCUCCUUAAAUAGCAGCGUCUCGUACGAGGCGAUAUCUUACGUGUGGGAAGGCGAAACGAAACAGUCAUCCAUUGUGAGCAACGGUGGAGGGCUGAACAUCACGUCGAGCCUGGUCCAGGUAUUGAAGCGGUUCCGGACGCCAGACAAGGCCCGAAUGCUCUGGGCAGAUGCGGUGUGCAUCAACCAGCAUGAUAUAUCCGGGAGAAACCAGCAAGUUCGUCGCAUGGCUGACGUCCGUCGGCAAGCGCAAAGCGUCCUGAUCCGGCUGGGCGACGCAGACGAGUUAGAGGACACAUAUAUGGCUUUCCAAUCCCUGAGUUUGCUUCUUGAGAAAGUUUCUCCAAAGCUAUCCUAUCUUAGGCAACUAAUGGGCAAGGUCAAAACUCCCACUCCCUCUGCCAAUGACACGAGGAACGCGGAUGAGAUCCGCAAGCAUUUUGACAUUCCUGGCCCGAACUCAAGAGAGUUCUCGGAGUUGGUCAAACUGUUUCGGAGACCAUGGUUUUCCAGGGCGUUGACAUUCCGGGAAUUUGUAUCUGGCUCACAGCAUGUGGUUCGUGAGCGGCGAUGGGGAGAUAAGUGGCAACGACAUGAUGUCUUCCUGGGCUUGUCUCCAAGCGCUGUUCUCCUGCACCGCCGACGAUUGGUACGAAGAUGCCCACAUGAUGACGGUAGCCCCGUCGACGAUCAAGGGACAACAGUUCUGGACGCAAAUGAGGGUUUUCUUCAGCACCCUUGUGUCCUUUCUGGCUUUGCGUCGUGGUUUGGGCAGCAAGUACCCUAGCGACCUCGUUUACUAGGUCCUGGGUUCAGUGUCCGAUUAAUCCCAAAUUGUGCCCGACUACUUAAUGCCUUUUGAGCUUGUCUUUGCUCACAAGACUCUCGAACUCAUCAGAAAUUCCGGGAAUUUGUCGUUCUUUGGUCAAGUAAGCGUGCUUUGCUCUAAAAAGGCCAACGACCUUCCCACCUGGAUACCUGACUGGUGAGGUCGCUCUCAGUACGGUGCAACGUUCAGUCACCUGCCGAAUUUCUCCGGUCCACUAUAUGCCUCCAAUGGAUCCUCGAGGCCUGUCGUGCAGCUCUCUUCAGAUGGAAAAGAGUUACAGCUCCAAGAUUUUCUCGCUGAUACCAUCUCGGUCGUGAUAGACCCCAGAGCUCCAGAGCUUCAAUCGUGGUUGAGGAAACAGCUGGAAGCCUCAGAUUCGUGCUACGCGUCAACAUGGGAGAGCUUCGCCAUUGUGAUAGCCAACCUUAGCUGUGCCGACCUAGUGAUACGGGAACAGGAGAAACGAGUGAGAUGGACUCCUGAAUCCUGAGCUGAGCCCUGCGCCUCCGACGACGGGGCGAGAGUCGGGACG